UCCCGGUCGCCGUGGAAACCGAUCAGCCAAUCAGAGUGUGUGACCCAUACUGGCAGACGCGGCAGGGAGCUUAGCGCGCUUUGGCGGUGGGCUUCUGCCGGUUCUUGUUAACGGACAGCGAUGCUGAAGGCUAAGAUCCUCUUCGUGGGUCCUUGCGAGAGUGGCAAAACAGUGCUCGCCAACUUUCUGACUGAAUCUUCAGACAUCACUGAAUACAACCCAACACAAGGUGUGAGGAUCCUAGAGUUUGAGAACCCACAUGUCACCAGCAACAACAAAGGCACAGGCUGCGAAUUUGAGCUCUGGGACUGUGGUGGUGACUCCAAGUUUGAGUCCUGCUGGCCAGCCCUGAUGAAGGAUGCUCACGGAGUGGUGAUUGUCUUCAAUGCUGAUAUCCCAAGCCACCUAAAGGAAAUUGAAAUGUGGUAUUCCUGUUUUGUCCAGCAACAGUUCCUCCAAGACAGUCACUGCAUGCUUGUGGCCCACCACAAACCGGGGUCUGGAGGAGACAAGAGCAACCUGGCUUUGUCCUAAUUAGCCUCAUUUCCCCUUUGGAGCUCCCCCCUUGAACAAGUUGAAGCUGGUGCACUCAAAUCUGGAGGAAGACCCCGAGGAGGUCCGGGUGGAGUUCAUCAAGUAUUUAAAAAGCAUCAUCAACUCCAUGUCGGAGAGCAGAGACCGUGAGGAGAUGCUCAUCAUCACCUAAUGUCCCUGUGCCGCUGCCUCCCAAAGGACGCUGACCCCCCAGACAGAGCUGACGUCCCGCCCAGCCGCUGACAAGCCCUUCUCCUAUGGCUGCAGUUCCUUAUCUGCUAAGGGUCCAGGAAGAGUCAGGCAUGGUGGCACACGCCUGUGAUCCUAGCUCUGGAGAGGCUGAGGUAGGAGGAAGGUUGAGAGUUCAAGGCCAGCCUGGGCUACAUAGAGAGCCCUUAUCUCAUCCCAUCUGCAGAAGCCACCCUGCUUGCCUGUCUCAGCUGUCCUUCAUAAACAUAUCCUUCCGGCAGCCCUAGUACUGUAUUUUCAGGUUGAGCUAUUUACUGGUGAUUAAUGGGAUGAAGUGGCCCAAAGCAGAUUGAUGGCGUGAUCUCUGGGGUCCCCAAGUGCAGAAAGGGAACACGUGCUGUCAGAGAGUCAACAAUGGGGACAGUGAGAUGGUUCACUUGCUGCCAAGCCUGACAACCCAAACCCAAUGCCCAGAACCCACUUAAAGGCGGAAGGAGAGAUCCGACCCCACAGAGUAAUCCUCUGACCUGGAGAGAAGGAUCUGUGGGCAAGAGCUCAUGCUGAGGUCCUGGGUUCAGACUCCUGCACCCACACUGGGCAGCUAUGAUUGUAACUCUAGUUCCAGGAGAGCCAAAGCCUUCCUCUGGUCCCGGGGCACCUCCCCACAUACAGCACAUGCUCACACAGACUGCGUUAGACACGUUUCUGUUGCUAUAAUAAACACCCUGAUAAGACAACUCAGAGAAGACUUUAUUAGGCUUACAGUUUCAGAGAGGCAGUGUCCAUCAAGACAGGGAGGUGUGGCAGCAAGAGGAAACGAGGCUCAUCCCGAACUACAGAUGCAUGCUGACAUGACUCCUCAAACAAGGUCACACCUUUUUUUUUUUUUUUUUUUUUUUUGGUUCUUUUUUUCGGAGCUGGGGACCGAACCCAGGGCCUUGCGCUUCCUAGGCAAGCUCUCUACCACUGAGCUAAAUCCCCAACCCCAAGGUCACACCUCUUAAACCUCCUGAACUGUGUCAUCAAUCAGGAGCCCAAGGCUAUAAGGGACAACUCAUUCACACAACACACAAACACAAUAAACAUAAAUCAAUCUUAUUUAAAAAAAUCAAUACAAAGUGUCUUUAAAAAGGAAUACAAGGGGCUAGGAGAUGGCUGCGUUGGUAGAGCACGUGGCUUGCAAGCACGAGGACCUGAGUUCAGUCCCCAGACCCAUGAAAAAGCUGGGCAUUGUGGCAUGUCCUUACAAUCCCACCACUGGGCAGGGCAGAGACAGGCAGAUCCUGGGGGCCUGCUGGCCAGCCAGCGUAUGCUGUUCGGUGAGCUUCUAGCCCAUGGAAGAUCUUUUCUCAGACAUAAAAAUGUGGUCUGGUGAGAGGGAUCAGUGAUCAGUCUAUUGGCCACACAAGCUUGAGCACUGGAUUCAGAGUCCGGAACUCAUGUCAGGCAAUAUGGCGGCUGUCUGUAAUCCCAAUAUGAGAGAAGCAAAGACACAAUCCCCAGGGCAGGCUGGCUGCCUAGACGAGCUGGAAUAGACCAGCUCUGGGAUCAGGUAGAGACCUUGACUUAAUAAAUGAAGUGGGCCCCUGAAGGCAGGCACAGACACAUAGGAAAUAGAUGUGUCUGAAUGACCAACUACCAAGGCUGUCUCCUCUGGCCUCCACAUGCGUGCACACACAUGCACUCACAUACAAAAGGACACUGGUUAUCUUGGCACAUGCUUGUACUCACAGCUGCCAGGACAUGAGAGCUGGAGAAUCAUGUUACCUUCAACUUUAUAGCAAUUUCAAGGCUAACCUGGGCUACAUGAGACCCUGGAAGUCUCUAACCAAAAGAAAUAGGAUCUAUGAGAUCCACGGUGACAGAGGUUCCAAGAUUGGGCUCAGCAUUCCCUGCAGUUACCAUUCCUGUAACUCGAUGGAAAUGACUAACAGUAACAAGCAAGACUAGUAAGGUGGCUGCGCAGGUGAAGGUGUGUGCAAACGUGACGGACUGAGUGGCAGGGGAGCUCACUCCUGCAGACUGUUCUCUGACCCCCACACACACCCCUCAGCAUGCUCACAAGUAUGCACAGAGACACACAGAAAAUAAAAACAAAUUAAGCAAGAA